GGUGGAUGGGGAGGGGGGAAGCUGGGAAGGUGGGCUGAGCUCUCUGUCUGUCUCAGUGGUUCCCAACCUUGAGGCCUCUAGAAAUCCCACUCAGUUUACCAGCUGUUUGGAAGUGUGGGAGCUGUAGUCCAAAACACCUGGAGGCCCAAAGUUUGGGAACCACUGGUCUAUCUGGAUCCAAUGGAUCAUAUAGAGAAAACGCUCCAUUUCAAGAACACUGCAUUGCAAUAGCACUGCAUUGGCUAAACAAUAUAAUAGAAUAGAAUAUCAGAAUUGGAAAUGUCUUGUUUAAGAAAUAGAUUGUGAUAUAGAUAUAGAUAUUAUUUAUUAUUAUUUAUUUAUUAGCAACAUUUAUAUCCUGCCCUUCUCACCCCGAAGGGGACUCAGGGCAGUUUACAAGUACAGCAGAGUCUCAGCCUCACUUAUCCAAGCCUCUGGAUAAUCCAAGCCAUUUUUGUAGUCAAUGUUUUCAAUAUAUCAUGAUAUUUUCGUGCUGAAUUCAUAAAUACAGUAAUUACAACAUAACAUUACUGCGUAUUGAACUGCUUUUUCUGUCAAAUUUGUUGUAAAACAUGAUGUUUUGGUGCGUAAUUUGUAAAAUCAUAACCUAAUCUGAUGUUUAAUAGGCUUUUCCUUAAUCCCUCCUUAUUAUCCAAGAUAUUCGCUUAUCCAAGCUUCUGCUGGCCCGUUUAGCUUGGAUAAGUGAGGCUCUACUGUAUAUAUACAUACAAUAUAUUAUAUUAUAUGACUACAGUAGAGUGUCACUUAUCCAACAUUCGCUUAUCCAACGUUCUGGGUUAUCCAAUGCAUUUUUGUAAUCAAUCUAUAUAUAUAAAAGGGUAAUGAAAUUUCGGCCUAGGACAAAACAACAAAACCACACAUCCCAGAAACACUAAACUUGGCAGCACAACCCCUCAUCCAUGCCUCUGUCUUCAUGCAACAAAAAGAAAAGAAAAAUAAAGUCCUAAUUAGAGGGAGAGGAAUAAUUGUUUUUAUCCAAUUGCUGCCAGUUAGAAGGCUAAGCUCCGCCCACUUGGUCCCCAAGCAACCCACCCAGCCCAGGGGACAGGCAGAGUUAGGCCUCACUUAGGCCUCUUCCACACUGCCUAUAAGGUACAGAUUAUCAGAUUUUAACUGGAUUAUAUGGCAGUGUAGACUCAAGGCCCUUCUACAGCUAUAUAACCCAUUUAUAAUCUCAUAUUAUCUGCUUUGAACUGGAUUAUCUUGACUCCACACUGCCAUAUAAUCCACUUCAGUGUGCAUUUUAUCCAGUUGUGUAGAAGGGCCACAGCAACGCGUGGCCAGGCACAGCUAGUUUUCUAUACAUCGUGAUAUUUUGGUGCUAAAUUCGUAAAUACAGUAAUUACUAUGUACCAUUACUGCAUAUUGAACUACUUUUUCUGCCAAAUUUGUUGUAUAACAUGAUGUUUUGGUGCUUAAUUUGUAAAAUCAUAACCUAAUUUGAUGUUUAACAGGCUUUUCCUUAAUCUCUCCUUAUUAUCCAACAUAUUCGUUUAUCCAAUGUUCUUCUGGCCCGUUUAUGUUGGAUAAGCGAGACUCUACUGUACUUCUUUCAAUGUGAAGCAUUUCAGCUGCCAGUUUGGUGAUGCACAAAUAUGUAUAAAUUCUGUGUGUUGUCGAAGGUACCUGAUGAACCAACCUGGACACCGCAUAUUAUUUGAGAACAUAGAAAUAUUGGCAGAAGCUGGAUGCAUAUGUAUAUAACACAAUCAAUUUCUCCGGCGGAAAGGUAACGGCGCUCUAUGCAGUCAUGCCGCCCACAUGACCUUGGAGGUGUCUGCAGACAACGCCGGCUCUUCGGCUUAGAAAUGGAGAUGAGCACCAACCCCCAGAGUCAGACACGACUAGACUUAACAUCAGGGAAAAAACCUUUACCUACCUCUUAUCUAUGUAUGGCCAUCUGUCGGGGGUGCUUUAAAUGCAAUUUCCUGCUUCUUGGCAGGGGGUUGUACUGGGUAGCCCAGGAGGUCUCUUCCAACUCUAUGACUCUAUGAUUCUAUGAUAUGAAUGCAAAAAAAGUGAGCUGAGCUCUCUACUUCCUUAGAUGCAAUGAAUGCAAUAGCUCUGCACUGGCUAAACAAAUUAGUACAGUAUCAUAUAAUAUUAAAAUUAGAAAUUUCUUGUUUAGGAAAUGUGUGUGUGUGUAUGUGUGUGUGUGUGUGUAUAUAUAUAUGUCAUGGAACCCAGUUACAGGGCUUUGGUAAUUCAGCCCUGUAACUGGGAGUCAUAACAUAAACAAUCCCAGGAGCACCUGGCAGAAGAAGAUAGAAUAUGCCUGGGAACUUGGGGCAUCAAAAGUUAUAAAAAUAGUUGUAUGUAAACAUUGGGUCAUUCCUGACUUUUCCAAAGUCAUGUGUUCUUCAAUAAAGAUUGGAUUUGAGAGCAGCCAUCUCUGAUCUGCGUUCAGACUGAUCCUUUGAAGUGAGCAGGACAAUUAAGUCAGGAAUCCAGUUCUCACCCUCCUGCAAAUUUGCAGUGAAGUGAUAAUGAGCAGGGAAGGAGAUCAAAGCCAUGACGGAGCAAAGGGGCCUCCGCUGGGAGCUCUGCCGUUGGCAGAAGAGACAUUGCAAGCCAUAGCUUCCUCUACGGGGUACCCCAAGCCGGACGGCGUGACCCAGAGGAUUCCCAGAGGGGGAAGAGGCGUUCCGGCGGCGGCAGAAACCAGUUGGGGAUCUGGAGGAAGCAUGCCGGAGACCGUGGCCCAGCGGUUAUCCAUCCUGGAAACUCAUUUAUCCAGGCUGUCGGAUACCGUGGGGAGAAUAGUGCCAAUAUUGGAAGAGAAUCUCCAAAAAGAGCACAUCCGAUAUGGCGCCGAGAGAGAGCCAAGCAAAGGAGGCGAUUGGAGCCAGAGGGGACAGCGAGCUUCAACGCAGAGUCCCGCGGCGGCAAGGGACGAGGGAGACGAGGAGUAUUGGCAAGAGCUGGAGUUCCGGGACAGAAUGGCGCGCGAAGUGGAGCGCCAGCAAGCUCUGGGAACUCUGAGGCCGCCAACCCCAACAGAGCUCCCAACCCCCCGAAUGGGCGUCGGAGUAGAAAGACCACUGGGGCCAGGGAUCGGGUCCAGUGGAUUAGCUGACGAAGGCGGAGAGGAGCAGGAGAUCCAGGAAGAGGAGGAGGAUGUGCCGUACGACGGGGAAAGGCGAGAUGCGGGGGCUACAGCGAGGCCAGUAUGCGGAUGGGGGGAAGGGCCGACAGCGGCGGCAGGAUUUCGGGAGCCGCGCAGAAUGACCACCGGAGUGGGGCGCGGCGUGAUCCAAGGAAACCCGAUGCAACCCUUCCCCAUGCCUCCCAGACAGCAUCAACGGGCCGCUGAAUGGAUGCCAAGAAGGGAAGAUCUCAAGCUAGAAUACGGAGGGGAAUCAGCCGAACUGAACUUUUUUCUAAUUAGCAUCAGGGGAUACAUGGAAGACAAUGCACACACAUUCCCCUCCGAAGCAAGCAGGGUUCGGGCCAUCGGCAACACACUAAAGAGAGGAGCGGCCAGCUGGUAUGUGCAACUACAUGCCAGACAGGACCCAUGCCUGAGGUCAGUGCCCCGCUUCCUCGCCGCACUGGAAAACCGGUUCAGAGACCGGCUAGAGCAAUUGAGAGCUCGAGACCAGCUUAGAGGAAUAAAGCAGAGGGACAAAACGGUGCCCGAGUACGCAGAAGAAUUCCUCCACCUCGCGGAAAGGGUACCAGAGUGGUCUGAAGUGACCAAAGUGGAAUUAUUUAAAGAGGGACUACGCCCCGAAAUUUUCAGCUGGGCAGCGCACAGAGAUGACCCCGAAACGCUCCAGGGAUGGAUUCAACUAGCGGGGCGCGUUGAAUCCACCCUGGCCCAAGUAAAGCGCUUCAGGAGCAGCGGCGGCCAGCAAAGACCGGUGGCGAGAGGUCGAGGAGAAACGAGGAAGCAGGAAAGACCCGGAGGGAGGCCGGGGAUUCCCUCCAGAGGAGACGACAACAAACCUAAACCGGGAUGCUUUGUAUGUGGGAAGACGGGCCAUCGAGCAGCAGAAUGCUGGGCACGGAAGGGGGAGCCGCCAAAACCCUCAAAGCCCAAGCCAGCAACCGGGAGGCGUGCGGAGGAGGAGGUGCAAGCCCCAGAAUCUCCAGAAAAAUUGGCUUGUGAUGAAAGAAGAACCGAAGAGGAGGACGAAGAAAAGGAGGGCACCAUGUCAUGGAACCCAGUUACAGGGCUUUGGUAAUUCAGCCCUGUAACUGGGAGUCAUAACAUAAACAAUCCCAGGAGCACCUGGCAGAAGAAGAUAGAAUAUGCCUGGGAACUUGGGGCAUCAAAAGUUAUAAAAAUAGUUGUAUGUAAACAUUGGGUCAUUCCUGACUUUUCCAAAGUCAUGUGUUCUUCAAUAAAGAUUGGAUUUGAGAGCAGC